CUCAUCAAAUCUCAUGUCCGCUUCUCUUUUUUUGUCAUUCCCUCCCAUUCCUCCCCCAUUGGCGCCCCGCGCGUGGCUCCACCGCUCAACCCUCUCUCUCCUAGCCGUUCGCCGGCGAAAUCUUCCGCUACUAUUUCCGAUCAACAUGUCCUCCGACCACCACCUCGUCGUACCGACGACUGAACUCUGCGACGAGUCCGAUUUCGAAACCAUUGUCUCCCCCGACGGUCUCAUCUCCAUCUGUGGCUUCGGUUCCCUCCUCUCCGAAAGGAGCGCGAGGAGUACAUUUCCAGACCUGAUCGACUUUAGAGUUGCGAGAUUGAACGGCUUUCGGCGCGUGUUCGCUCACGCGGCUCCGAUUUUCUUCGAGCGUGGUAUAGCCAAGCCAGAAACCAAGGAGAUUUCUAGCUUGAGUGUAGAGCCCUGUGAAGGUGAAACUCUGGUGGUCACAGUCUUCGAGAUUCAAAAAUCAGAGAUUCCGGCUUUUGUCAAGAGGGAGCUUGAAUUUCGGUUCCUAGCUGUUGUGCCUGAAUCACUUGAUGGGAAGCCAUUUGACAAUCGAGCGGUGCUUUGUGCUCGAUAUAGUGAUGAGGAAUUUUUUCAAGUUCGAUGCAAAGGAAGCAAGGAGAUCUAUUUUCAGCAUUAUGGACGUUAUAACAUUGAUAAGAUUUGGCGAGAUGAUAUUUUACCUUGCCGUGUUUAUCUUAGACACUGUGUUUUGGCAGCAAAGAACCUCAGUGAUGUAGCCUACAACAACUUCCUGGAUCACACUUUCCUUGCGGACCGUAAAACAACCAUCCGUGAGUACCUUGCAACAACGGGUUCAGGCAUAAUGGAAGAGGAGCCUCCAGAAUCGCUCAAGACGCGUUAUGGUGGUUGAUAUUUUCUCCGAAAUAAAUAGAAAAAUUAGAAGUUGUGUGAAGAAGGUUUCAUCGCUUGUUCAACACCAUCUUCAACCUCAUUUAUCUGUGCGCGGAGUUUUGAGGAGAAGAGCUCUAAAUUAUUCCGACCAGCAGGACAAAUGUAAAAUCUGGUACUCAAAGCUGGAAAUUUGUAUUCUUAGAAGCAAAUAGGGCGAAUACUGUAUUCCAUGCGUUGGUAGCAAAAUUAAACAAUUGUACGCCUUUCAGAUUUAUAUUUCUCAAAAUGGAAGCAUUUAGAUUAUUCAAUUUGCACAUUUUAUAGCAUUUGUUUUCCUUCU